UCUAUGAUACAGAGAAAGAAAGACAGCGACAGAAAGAAGGAAGCCAUUUUGGUUCCUGCAGCGACAUGUCUGUCUCUCCUCUGAGUCUGUCUCUCUUCCUGGUUUCACCUCCCACACUCUGAGGUCCGGCUGCCGCCUCCGUCCACAGAGAAAACGUCUGAAGGUCUGAGGUUUCCUGUGGCAUGGUCAGAAGGCCUGGGUUUCGGAGGACGGAGCGGUAAGAGGAACAAAGACAUCUGUCUGUCCAAACCUCCGGAAACGUGAAGGUUUGACCCCAACAGGAAGAGCAGGAGGACCGAGGAUGAGCUCGGACACCCUGCCCACCCGGACCGAGGUGACGGGGUGGAGUCCACAGCAGCUGGCGGACUUCAUGAAAAGGAUGAGUCUGUCAGGCUGUGACAAGGCCGUGCUGAAGAACACCAUCAACGGCUCACGGUUCCUGAAUCUUAGUGACAACGAUCUGCAGAAAUUCCCCAAAACCUACGCUCCGAUGAUUUCGAAGCUGAGCAGCGAGAUCUACAGGAAGGAGGAGAAGCGAGGACUCUUCCCCAAGCUGACGCGCAGACACCAAGAACCAGAGCCUGUGGACGUCCAGGGCUGGGGAGAAGACGAGUUUGACGAUGACCAUUACGAGAAACCGGACAGUAGUGACGACGACUACGUCAACCCGGACUCUGACGCAGCCGACGACGACCCGGGGUACGAAACCCCUCCCUCUGAGCCGCCGGAGGAGCCCGGUCUGUGCCCGGCGCUGCCGAUCCCUGACGGCGGUUACAUCGAUAAACUGAACAACCCCCCUGCUGUGUUACCCCGGCCCCCGGUGUCGACCACCCCCGCCCCCCCGCCGCCGGUGGAGUCAUCCUUCAGACGAGACCCCUCCCCUCACUCCAGUGCACCAGCGUCAGGGAAGUGUCCCACAGCGCCCCCACAGGUGAUUCGUGCCAACAAACCGGGCAGAGACUCCAGGAUGAACUUGUCACCUGUCAGAGGCCCUCAGAUCAGCACCACGGACAGACCAAACGCUCCGCCGUGGAAGCCACAGCUGGACGUCCAGGACCCCCCCGCUCGCCAAAAACCUCCGAUUCUCCCCCCGCCAUCGUCCAUCGGCGUCGGCCGCAGCAACUCCUCCGGCAAAUCUCCUCACGUGUUCAACAGGUUCGACCACAGGAAGGAGCAGCCUCGUCCUGAAGCCCCUCAACACAACACGUUCCCCCUCCUCAGUAAAAGUCCGCUGCUCCCCCGCUCCGGACACCCUGGAACCCACCACCAAACAGACAGUUGUUCUCCGGGCGUGGCCUCCGCUGCUUCUCUGCCACACAAACUGCACACAGGAAGCUUCAUUGGAUCAGACAGACAAGUCUGUCAUUCACCACAGACAGGGUCCUUCAAACAGCAGCUGGAUCCACGCUGGUACGUAGGUCAGGUGACCCGGGCUCAGGCCGAGGGCUGUCUGAGACAAGUCCACAAGGAUGGUGCGUACCUGGUGAGGGACAGCACCCGGCAGUUGGAGAACCAGCCCUUCACCCUGAUGGUGUUCUACCACAACAAAGUCUACAACGUCCAGAUUCGACAGCAGAACCAACAGUACCUGCUGGGAACCGGACUCAAGGUCCAGGAGACCUUUCCCUCCGUCAGUGACAUCAUCAGUCAUUACUCCCAGUCUCCUCUGCUCCUCAUCAACGCCAAGGACCGACACGGCUCUCAGCAGAACCAGUGUCUGCUCUCAGACCCGGCUGGGUUCUACAUGGGCCGACAGACCUGGUCCUGAAGACCGGAGCAGACGCCCUCCGGGUCACGGCUGUUCUUCUUUGAAGUUCUUCUGUCUUUUCUCUUCAAACAAAUCAAAUAAAUCUCUUUUCACUUCAA